AUGCUUGGAGACGCUCAGCUGGAUGCCUGCGAGUCUCAGGUCCGGUCGUUCCGCAUGAUGAACGGCCAGUACUACGAGACGCUGCAGGACAUCCUCCGCAAGUACGAGAGCCUGGUCGAGGACUAUCGCAUGCUCCGCAGCGACUACGAAGAGGAGAAGGAGAACCGCGAAAAGUACAAGCGCCAAGCCCGCGGCCAAGAGAAGAAUCCUUUCGUCCUGCUGCUGGUCGACGGCGAUGGCUACACCUUCAAGGACCACCUUAUCAAGAACGGCCGUGAGGGCGGCGUCAAUGCUGCUCAGCUUCUGGCCACCGAGAUCCGCGAUCGUCUGCGUAAAAUCGGCUCUCUCGACCACUGCCGCGUCGUCGUGCGCAUCUACUCCAACUUUGCUUCCAUUUCCCACGUCCUGAGCCGCCAAAGCCUCGUCGGCGCACAUGCCCGCUCCAUUGCCCCGCUCGCUGCCGCCUUCACCGGCACCAAGGGCUACUUCGAUUAUGUUGAUGCUGGAGAAAAUAGUGACAAUGUCUUCACCAAAAUCGAAGAGACUUUCCGACUCUUUGCCGAGGCUGGCCAGUGCAAGCACAUCUUCUUUGCUGGCUGCCACGAUACUCGUUACAUCCCUCUCCUCAGUCCCUACUUGGGCAAGGCUGACAAGAUCACCCUCAUCAAAGCCCCCGCUCACCAGCCAGAGUACCAUUCACUCGACCUCCCGGUUGAGAAAUUCUCCUCCGUCUUCCGUGAUGCUCCGCUCCCUGGUUGGACCCCCAGUACCGCUGCGACCAAGGGCGCUGCCAGCAAGCCGACCCUGGCCCAACCAGAGCCGGUCAAUGGUUCUCUCAAAGAACGCAGUAAUGGCGCUACUUCGAAGAACGAGCCAAGUGGACCCAGCAGUCUCGAUGAAGAGUCGCUUGGUCCCAAGCCGUGCCCUAUGUUCGUGCGCAAGCAUACAUGCAAAUUUGGCAGAAACUGCAAAUUCAGCCAUCCUCAACCAGGCUUCGACUCCCCCCAGCCGCCUCAGAUCAAGACCAAGAGCAAAGAAUCUUGGCGGGAUGGCAACGCUUUCGCCGACGAUUGGGGGAACAACACGCCGGAACCACCUGCCUAUGGAGAUGACUGGGGUGCAAGCUCGAAGAAGCCGGCCGGCUCGGCCGAUGACUGGGACAAAGGCCCCAGGCAGAGACAGGGCUCUGCCAUCCAGUCCAAAUUCGCUGGCGACUGGAGGGAGGGCCCGAGGCCUUCGACCGCUGGUUUCUCCGAGGAUUGGGGCAAUGGACCUCAGCAAAACACCAGGAACGGGUCCGUCUCCAGCACCAGUCUUCCUCCUUAUGCCAAGAGGCAAGGCUCGAUUUCGGAACUUAGCAUGGGUUCCCGGCAUCAAGAGGAGACGAAACCACACCCGGCCGAGGUUCUCCGAAGCAAAUGGGCAUCAGACACUCCGGAGCCGCCCAAGGCCAAGGAUACCAUGCCUCCUCCUGAACGGCCUGGGCCCAAGAAAUUCACCAGCGCUUUCACUACUGCAGCAGACCUUCCUCGUCCAACGCCCGAGACGGAAGGCUUGAUUCCGGUCAACAAAUACGGCGACCGUCUGGACUUCUACCUGCCCCGUCCCACGGCUGAAGAGUAUUCCGCAUACAAUGCCAUGGCCAAGGAGCCCGGAAGGAAGCCCUGCAAUUCAUAUCAACUCCGCGGUCAUUGCCCCUCUCUUGCAGCCGGCAUGGACUGCGAGUUCGAUCACAACCCACUCAGCUCGGACCUUUUCCACGUUCUAAAGGUCAUCGUGCAGGGCUACCCUUGCCCGAAGCAAGGCGCUUGCCGAAAGUCUGAUUGCUACAAUGGACACGUCUGCCAGCGCCCGGGCUGUCGAGGAAUGUACCCGUGCAAGUUCAAGGGUGACUACCGCGCACACAACCUGGAUCCCAAGGUUGCCGAGUGGGUGCCUGCCGUCGACAUCGCGGAGCGUGAGGCGGACGAUGCAUCCAGCGUCACCAUGGGCGAUGAGGUUCCGGAAGCCGCGCCUAGACCAGCCGCUGCAGCUCCUCUUGGAGUCAAGGCCGAAGCGGAGGAAUGGCAUCCGGAGGCGGCGGCAUGGAACCCCGAUGUUGCAGAUCAAAAGCCGCAACCCACUAUGAGCUGGAAGCCGAACGCGGCGGAAUGGAAGCCAGAGGCUACUGCCACCACGGCCACCCCAAGCUUCGAUCUGAACAAGGGAAUUUGGAAGCCCGAUGUCCCCAGCUGGAACCCGACCGCAACGGUCUGGAAAUCAGGUGACAUCGAUCGAAGCGACAUUGACAGCGACACGGACAGCGUCGCGCCCCAGCCUGAAAAGGAGAUCCUGGACCUCGGUGCCGACGACAACGCGGUCACAAGCAUCUUCUCACCCAAAGCGCGCGACGGCCGAUUCGACAGUGUCGUCCAGACCGUGGCCGCUCCACAGCCCGAUCAUGCCAAGCCCCUCGUAGACACUUCGACGGCGCAAGCCAACGGAGGCGUCUCGAAUGGCAGCGAGCCGCCUGCGGCGGACCAGCAGCAACAGGCGGAGACGAACCUGAUGGACGACGACUGGGGUAACCCGCCGGACGGCGCGGGUAUGACCUUUGCCGAGACCGCUGAGCCGGUCAACUUUGACGACGACUGGGGCAGCGCCCCGCCCGGCGUCGACAACCCAACCCUGGCCGACGAAACCGUCGACUUUGCGGACGAUUGGGGUCCCAGCAAUAAGACGACGGCGGGGAAGCCCCAACCGCACAUGGCCCCGCGCCAACAGAACCACGGUGGCCAGAUGAACAACAAUCAGUCGAGGCCGGUGUGGUGA